UGGUUCUUCCUUUGAACUCCCUUCCCCAGGGGCCCCUUUCCCACUUUGUCCCCGAUCCCCCACCAUCAUAAAAGAAAGCUGAUCUCUGGCCAGGGCAGCAGAACUUUCUUUCACAUUUGCCAAGGAGUCCUUCUACCGCUGCCUCUGAGGGUAUGGACAACCUGGGUGAGACCUUCCUCAGCCUGGACGAUGGUCUGGACUCUUCUGACACAGCAGGCCUGCUGGCCUCCUGGGACUGGAAAAGCAGAGCCAGGCCCCUGGAGCUGAGCCAGGCAUCCCCUGCUCAGAGCCUCUCCCCAGUUCCUUCCCUGGAGUCGUACUCUGAGGUCGCACUGCCCUGCGGGCACAGUGGGGCCAAUACAGGAGGCAGCGAUGGCUACAGCAGCCAUGGGGCUGGUGGCUUAGUCGAGCUGGAUUACAGCAUGUUAGCUUUCCAACCGGCCUACCUACAAGCUGCUGGUGGUCUCAAAGGCCAGAAGGGCAGCAAAGUCAAGAUGUCCGUCCAGCGGAGACGCAAGGCCAGCGAGAGAGAGAAACUCAGGAUGCGGACCUUGGCAGAUGCUCUCCACACGCUCCGGAAUUACCUGCCACCUGUCUACAGCCAGAGAGGCCAGCCGCUCACCAAGAUCCAGACACUCAAGUACACCAUCAAGUACAUCGGGGAGCUCACGGACCUCCUCAACAGCGGGAGAGAGCCCAGGCCCCAGAGUGUGUGACCUCUGCCCCUUGGAGAAUCCCACCGGUUCCAGACCUAGGGCCAGGCAUAGAGGAGUUUUGAAGACCCUGAACCUGUCUUCCAGGACAAUAGCACAGUUAUCUGUGGACACUUAGUGUGCCAAUCCUGUGACCUGCUAAGUCGAAAGGGCCUUCAUCUGACCUGUUGGAGCUGCCAGGACAUUCACCUGCUGCCAGGCAAGCAGGACACUUCCGGAUAGUCUCAUCACGUCUCCAGUGACUCAGCAUUUGCAAAGAGACAAUUUUUUCUGUCCUGUCUUUUUAAGGUAUUUUUUAAAGGGUCAAUAUAGUUCAAAUACACUCUUUUUUUGAUCAUGUUCAGUACCUACAAUUAUAUUUUCUUACCAUUUUGGUGUUGGGAGUUUUCUUUCUGUUGGGUCGGAACUUGUAUUUUGUACGGGAUCCAGUGUGACCUUUGAAUGCUUACUUAGAAAGAUUGUGCCAAGUAAAGAGUUAGUGCUUUCCCAGUUCUCUUUUCUUUCUCCCUCCCUCUCCCUCUCUCUCCCUCUCUAACUCCCCACCAUGUGCAUAUGCGUGUGUGUGUGUGUGUGUGUGUGUGUGUGUGUGUGUGUGUGUGUGUUUGAAUGCUUGAAAGCAUGUCUUUACUUUUGUUAGGAGUAAAAUUAUUUCGGUGCAGAAAGGAUUUGUAUCCUAAUAAAUAGGAAGUAGCAAGCAGGCAGGCUUGGCUGUGUGAAGAUAAUGAAGAUCCUACGACCAGGAAACUUACAGUUUCCUCUGUAAUCACAGGAAAGAAGGAAGGACUGGGCAUGGACUACCGUGUCCUGGGGAAUGGGAGAAAGGCAGAAGGGAGGAAGGAUCCCAGCACCACAGGGUGGCCAGAAGCAGAUCUUAGAGAGCAGGAGCUCUUAGUCCCAGGCCUGGUGUGAAUGAGAUAUCAUUACUUCACAUACUCAUUUCUGAAAUGAAGAGUUUGGCUUAGAAACAAAGUCAACUUGAACUCCGCAGAAAGUAAGUGCAAAAGCCAGGAAUUAGAACUCAUAGCUUCCUCUGACCUCUCUAAAGGAAUUCACUUCCUCUAAAAGAUCUAGCUGCCCCCACCAACUUACCUCCCUCCAUCUCAUAUCCUCCCCUGCUACCUCACAUGUCACUGUUCACAGCCACAUACUCUCUCCUAGGUGCUUGUCCCACUGGGUAUCUGAAGUGGCCCCACUUUGGUUAACCUGAAUACACAGGGCAUCAUUAUCAAAGGGGCUUCAAUUUAAGGAGGCUCUUUUCUGAGAUUGCCUUUUCCUUGCUGUGGUUAUUAACCAUCAGAGUUUGUCUCCAGGGACUCCCUAGUCUUCAUGUUUCCUGUU